AUGUCAGCCAUGGACCUCGACAACCAGCGCCCCCAACCAUACACCUUCGACCUCGGCCACCUAUCCUGCUACGACCCCAACCCUCUUCCCUCCCUCCCCACCAACCCCUCAGAAAAAGAAUCCAUCCUCCAAACCACCGCGCAAUCCUGCGCACAAUCCCUCAUCCACCAGCUCCUCAAAACCUGCGCCAUAACUCGAAACUCAGACGACGGGACCUUACAAAUCCAACUCCCGCAACCCGAAUACCGUCUCCCAAGGGAGAAACCCGUGCCGAAAGAAAAGGAAAAGACGAAAUGGGAAAGGUUUGCGGAGAAGAAGGGGAUUAAGAAGAAAGGGAAGGAUGGGAAACAGAUGUUUGAUGAGGAGAGAGGGGAAUGGAGGCAAAAGUAUGGGUAUAAGCCGGGAGAGAAGAGGAGGGGGGAGGUGCAGGGGGAUUGGAUUGUGGAGGUUGAUGAGAAGGCGGAGCGACAGGCGAAGAAGGAGGGGAAUGGGAAGGUUAAGGGUGAGGGCGAUAUUGCGAGGAGGGAUCGCAAGUUGAAUAAGAGGAAAGGGAAAUGA